AUGGUCAAGGAUAAUUCCUUACGCUCAUCUUCAUCGGCUUCGCUAUCGUCGCUAUUUAGACCGACCAAAUUGAAGAACCUAUCAGCUAAAUUUUUUAACGGUGGUACCCAAUCACAUUCAAAGCCAGAUGAUAUUUCAAGAUCUUCCUCCAGAUCGUCCAGGAAACUCGCUGAUUCUGACUAUGAAGAUCACAAGAAUCAUAGUAAGCCUAACGACCGAAGGUCAACUACUGACAAGAAUACCGUGGGAAACAGCCCAUCAUCAAAGGAGUCACAUGCCGCAGCAAAUCCUUCACUAUUAGCCUCUUCUCCUACUUCGGUUAAGAAGGCAGCUAUUGACUCCCCUACAUCAAGGCCUUUACACAAUACUAAUACUCCUGUGCGUACCGGGCAUAAUACACCACACUUGCCCCAUAGUAUCCACAAUCCAAUAAAUUACAUUCAUCAAGGUGCAAAGGAUACUUUUCACCAUCCUCAUCCUGUCCAUCCAACAGCCCAUAAUAACAUCACCACCGUCUCCUCAGCAAAAUCUGAGGCAUCUUCAAAUUUUUCAUACCAAACGCACAUGCAUCCCGUAGAAAUACUCCAAAAGCAAAUCGAAGAUAAACAUUUAAUGGAAUCUCAAUCCUCCACCCCUGGAUCUUUGGAUUUGAACCAUCAUUCUUCAAGCGGUAGUGAUGACGUCUUAACUAAAAAGAAAAAAUCCUUAAAAUUGACGAGGUUUUUCAAAAAAAUUCAUAAUGAUUAUCACGACAACCACCAUAACCACAACCAUAGAUCUACUCCUACAAAACCAAAGGUUAGCUCGCAUACUAACGGAAAUGUAGUAGAAAGUAAUGGGAAAUCUUUAUACGAAACAGAUAACCCAGUAGAACUGUUGGAAAAGUAUGGUAUACCUGGUAGAAAAUUGGGCGAGGGAGCUUCUGGUUCAGUAUCUGUAGUGGAAAGAACCGAUGGUAAACUAUUUGCCUGCAAAAUGUUCAGAAAACCCUCACUAAACAAUGAUGGAACCAACCAUUCCCAAUUAGCCAAUUACUCUAAGAAAGUUACCACAGAAUUUUGUAUUGGCUCCACUUUGCACCAUGAAAAUAUCAUUGAAACAUUUGACAUGUUGAACGAGGGUGACACGUAUCUAUUAGUGAUGGAGUACGCACCAUACGAUUUCUUUAAUCUUGUCAUGAGCAAUUUAAUGACACAAGACGAAGUAAAUUGUUAUUUCAAACAACUUUGCCAUGGUGUCAAUUAUCUUCAUUCUAUGGGUUUAGCUCAUAGAGACUUGAAACUAGACAACUGCGUGGUUACUAAUGACGGCAUUUUAAAAUUGAUUGACUUCGGUAGCGCUGUCGUUUUUCAAUACCCCUAUGAAGAUACCAUCGUUAAAUCUCAUGGGAUCGUGGGGUCCGAUCCAUACCUUGCUCCUGAGCUACUAAAACAAACAUCUUACGACCCAAGAGUAGCAGACGUCUGGUCGAUCGCUAUUAUAUUUUACUGUAUGGUAUUAAAAAGAUUUCCUUGGAAAGCUCCAAAAAAAAGCUUCAAUUCCUUUCGACUGUUUACCGAGGAGCCUGAAGACGAAGAUGAUAUUGCUAGGGGCCCAAAUAAAAUACUAAGGCUAUUACCAAGAGACUCACGAAAAAUAAUAGGUGGAAUGUUAACAUUAGACCCAAAACAAAGAGUAUUGAUGAACGAAGUGGUAAAGAAUGAUUGGCUGGUAUCCGUCCCCUCUUGUGAAAUUGACCCUAUAUCGGGCAAGUUGGUUGAAAGAACAAAAAACCACAAACAUCAUUUGGUCACUGAAGAAGAACUAAACGAGUUGAGCAAAGAACAUGGAAACAAGGAUUCAAACUAA